AUGCCGGUCGUGGAGCAGCGACAGGUAUUUGUCCCACUGCCGCCGCCACCGCUCCCUGAGUUUUAUCUCGAAAAACCUGCGCACAAACCAAAAGCAGCGAUGGAAGCAAAGUCCUCUUCCUCGACGUCAGAGGCAGACCACGACAUCCUCAUCGUCAAAGAACAGGCGACCACACUCGAUGGCGCCUACGACGAUGGACCUAGCAGCGCAAGACUAGGCGCCCGGCCGCAAGGUCCAUUGCUGGCCAUGCCACCCACCGACAUCGAGCCCGACUCCGUGCCACCACUCGCUAUAUACCACAUCUACCGCAUUUGCCUCAGACCUCGAAGUCCACGCUACCAUCGCCAGCACCCUAUCCCUAUUGACGGUGUUCCACCGCCCCCUGGAAUAUGCCGAAGAUGCCGCGUCACAACCAUGGAAGACACUAAGACGGUCGAUCUAGUGGUGAAGUCUGAAAGCAAUCCGAUCAAACUUGGCAUGUUCACUCCUUUCCUCAGAGACGAAGCUAUCGUGAGCCAGGAGGAAAUGCGAAGGAUGAAGUUGGAGAAAUAUCUGAAGGAUCAGGGUGCUGCUCCGUUGCCUCAAGAAGACGGCACGCAUGAGCACGUGACUCGUCGGUACACAGAAAGAGUCUCGAGCCGACGCAGAAGUCGCUCGAGAAACGAUAUCAGCUAUCGGCAUCUGAGAGCUGUUGCGGAGUCCGAGAGUUCACGGUCUGACGUCGAGGUAGAAAGAGAGAACGUGACAUCUACCUCACAAGAAGCCGUUGAUAACUUCAUUGGAUCAGGUGGUUCAAAGCAUUCCCAAAGACCGAAAGCUACGCCGAGCAUGGGUGUCGAGGCUACCAGCAGACCUAAAUCAUGGACGGCUCAGACGGCGAAAGCUGCGAGCGCCCGUGGAGCGGGCACAACGAAGACGUCUGUCGCCACCCAGGUCGCAUCUCAAGCAGGCUCCGCGACGUCUGCGCAAGCGUCUGCGAAGGUCACGACGUACAACCCAGAACGUACUGAGUCUGAGAUACGCGCCAUCGCACGGGAGGAAGUCGAUCGGUACGCCAGGACAGCUCAACCACAAGAGCGCAGUGAAUCCAAAAUCCGUCGAAUCGCAAGAGAAGAGGUCGAGCACUACAGAGCAGCCGAACGGAAGAUUGAAGCGCACCCAGGCCCAUAUGCUCAUGGGAGGCUGGUUCCGGUUGACCGACGUAUCGAGACCGAGCGCGACACACCCGAACCUGUCCCAUGGUCUCAGCCUGGCGUAGAAGAAGUGACGGUCAAGGUGGGCAAGAAAAGCCACGACCAAGAGAUCACUGCUUCCAAAGCAGUUUCACAACGAGAAUCUGUCGCCAUCUCUUCCACGACGAAAGCGAGCCGUCAGAGGACGACUGACGACCGUCCAACCGGAGCCGCGAGUGUCAAGUCCUAUGCGGCUCAAGAAAAGGCGAGCUCAGCACAAAUGUCUGCCAGGUUGGGAACCGAGAGAUCCUUGAGGCGGCCAAAUGGCUCGAUUCCAAUCGACAACCUGGCCGAGCCCGAUGGGGCAGUUUCUGCAAAGGCGUCGACGAAAGCUCAGAGCGGCGCGUACCCAGCGUACGAUAUUCGAGAUUUUGCAAGUCAGAGGACGGCGUCUACCAAGCGUGUUGAGCAGAUUGAAGAAGCCCGCGGCUCACAGGCGCAAUCUUGGGGCCCGCGAUGGCGCCGUGAGCUUUCUGUCGAGCGACGCCAGUCUGUUCACUCGGAAAAGCAGACUAGCAGGGCUUCAAAGGCACCCAAAGACACCAGGACUGCGGUUGAUCAGAACGGAUACGUGGUGCACAGCGAGCCACCUAGCGUCAAGCUGCGUGAGGUCUUCGAUGUAGUCCAGGAGUCAGAUCCACCACGAUGGUCCUCCCAAGCCGAGCCAUACGUCGUGAAGAAAGGACGUCGUCCGCGGCACACCAAUCCUGACUACAUUGAAGUGAUCGAGGAGGUAGAGCUGCCGCCACGUUCGAAAGCACCGCCUACCGGACCGGAAGUUGUUGUCGAUGCCCGCUCUUCAAGACAGACAGACGACCGGAGGAGUACCAGAGAGGCGAGUGCCAGCUAUCAUAGACAGCAGACCGACGAGCGACAUGCUUCCACUGUAAAUCACGACAACGUCUCAACCAGAGCUUGCUCACAACGGUCGAAACCGGCUGACAGGGACGCAUGGCACGAAGAUGCGAAUGUGCGUACCGUUGAGGGGAGGCCAUCCAAUCGCCAUGGGCCAUCAAGAAAAUCGGAUAUAUCGCAGCAGACUGGUCGCAUGUCGGCAACACCACAGGCAAAGUCAGCUAUGAAGCAGCCGACUGAGACCGUUCGAAGCGUUCACGGCAGCGUGGAGUCCGACAAGACUCGGUGGCCGCGGGAUGCGGGUAACUGGGAGCCCACUACGUCCCGCGAUCAGGUGUCAAGAUCGAGUGUCCCACGGAUGAGCGGCGCAUCGCCGUACCCAGAGGAAGAUGUGAUGCCCGAUCACGACUCUUCAGCUACUGGACCCAGGAAGAACAGCCACCGAGAAGCUCAAGGAGGAGACCGUGCCAGGCGACCAAACAACUCGGACAUCGAAUACAUCUACACCGAGCGCAUUGUCACUCCAGCUGAUCGACCCUGGGGUUGGCGGCCGCCUCACAGUCAAACAACGGUCGAAGAGGAGGUUAUUCACAAGCGCAAGCCGGACGAUCGUGGCACUCAGCAGUGGGAACGCAAAGAGCGUCGAGACCGAGCUCGCGUGGAGGUAGAAGAACACUCCGAAGUCUUUGUGCGGCCGAGAGGUGACGGCCCGCCUCGUGUGGAGGUCGAGGAGGAAGUUGAGGUCUUUUACAAGCCCAAGGGCCAGAGGCUUGCGAAAGAUGAUGGCGGAAAGCGACAAGACCGGCCGAGGGUUGAGGUCGAAAAAGAGACUGAGGUUGGCGUGAAGCCCAAAGGCCAACAGCCAUCGUCCCGAGACGACAACAAGAAGCGCGAAAGCAGGCCCGACGUGGAUGACAAGGGACACUCAGGGCUCUACGUACGACCAGCUGCCGACACACUCCCGCUACGACAACGCCGUCUUAGCGACCAAAGUCGCAGAACACGAAACAGCGAAGCGCCGAGCCAUGUGCGGUUUAACAGCAAAGUUCAUGUCUCGCCCACACCACCCGGCAGCGACGCCAGCUCGUCGGCUUUUCGCAGCUUCCAUAGUGUCGGGCGCGGCAGCCGGCAAGUUGAUGGUGCACAGGACGAUGUGCGCGAGCAGAAUCCACGGCGCGGUAGGACGCGCAGUCGGGAUGUCACGAGGGAGACCUUUUGCGAGAAGAAAUCCUAUCAUGAAGAGAAUGGGGGAGCGAAGGAGAAAGAUGGUGGGAAGACGAAGCAGCAGCAUGCAUGGGUUGAGGGAGCAAGACCGCUGCACCGGGUGCUGAGUGAGAGUCCAUCGAGGGAGGAGUUCGUCGUUAGGGACAAGAAUGGGAAGGAGGAUGCUGGAUGGGCUACUGAGAAGAGUACAAACAGUCUCCGGACUCACGAUGGCAGUCACCGGAGUCAGCAGGCCUGGCAGACUGAUGGGCAGGCUGACGAGGUUGUUAUUGAUUCGAACCUGUGGUAG